UAACAAAUAAUUUGAGCUAAGAACAUGGUCCGAAAGCUAAAGCAUCAUGAACAGAAGUUGCUGAAGAAAGUGGACUUGGUGCAGUGGAGUAGUGACAAUAAUAUCAGAGAAGCAAAGGUGAUGCGGAAAUACCAUCUCCAGAACCGUGAAGACUACACCAAGUACAACAGAAUGUGCGGGUACAUCAAGAACUUAGCAGCUCGGAUCAAAGACCUGGACUCCAAGUCCGCCUGCAGGGCAGAAAGCAGUGCUGCUCUUCUCCAAAAACUGUACAAUCUAGGGAUACUCUCUACCGCUCAGAGUCUAUCUCUGUGUGAGAAAGUAACCGUCAGCAGCUUUUGUAGGAGACGUUUACCUGUUAUACUCGUCAGACUGCGCAUGGCUCAGUCAACGAAAGAUGCAGUGACGUAUGUAGAACAAGGACACAUCAGAGUUGGACCUAACCUGGUAACGGACCCUUGUUACCUGGUAACGAGGAACAUGGAGGACUUUAUCACGUGGGCAGACGGCAGCAAGAUAAAACGUCACGUGAUGGAGUACAACGACGAACUAGACGACUUUGAUCUGCUCAACUGUUAGAUAUCCCCAACCUGUACGAUGUCUUGAAGGUUUCUUAUUAAGCUGCUUUUACUAUUAUGCUCGCAGAGGGCUUUUAAAAAUAUAAUUUAUUGAGAUCGUUUU